GUAAUAUAAAACACUUAUCUCUUCCAACGGUCACCUCUCCCAUAGAGCUCUUCUCUUCACUUCAUCAAGAAAUCAAGAGUAAGAACUCAAGAUUUCUCAUGGAUCACCCAAAGAAAACUCCAAUCUCCACUUCAAAAUCGCAUCUUGGUUCUCAAAGAAUAAUGGGAUUUGGCGAAAAAUUCAACGAGACCGACGAGAACAAAGGACAUCCCCAAACUCCAAUCAAAUCAAUCUCUGGAUUCUCAAAGAAGAAGGUUCUGGGUGAGAGAAACCCAAAUACCCAAUUUGAAAAAACCCCAAAAGAGAAACCUGCUCCUUAUGAUCCUGUUAAAAACUAUACAUCCCCGAGACCCGCAUUUCUCCGAUACAACCCGGAUCGUCGUAGAGAGAUACUGUGUCGAAUGAGGGAUGAAGAAGGAUCGUUGAAUGGUUCAGAAGCUUCACAGAACGAAGAAAAGUCUAUAGAAGAGGAUUUGGUUUCGGUUUCUUCUACUUCUCCGAAACCGAGUUCUCGGUGUAUGGAAGAAGAUGAAGAAGCCGACGAGGAAGAGGUAGAAGAGAGGAGGCCUUGGUGCUUUGGAAUGGUAUGGAAAUUCCUCACCCUAUUUGGCCUUUUCUUGUUUUCUCCCCGUUACCUGUCUCCAAUGAAUUCUUCUACUUCUAGUCCUUUUCAAGAAAACAUUCCGAGUUUUGGGAAUUCGAUGUAUCGAGAUUUGUUGAAAACCCACCUGGGGUUUUGCAAUGUGUGCUUGGAUGUUGGAGAGGAGAUGUGUGGAAUUGAAGGUUCUAGUGAUUAUUUGCCUGUUUUGGAUGAUUCUGUAAUGGGCAAUCUUGGUGAUUCAGUAAAGGUUAAUGGAGUGUUGGAUUUAGAGGAGAAGGAAUUUAUUAGUGAGACUGAGUUUUUAGAAGAAAGAGAAGAGCCAGUAAAUUCCUAUGAAUCUCUUGAGCAGAAAAAGAUUAACCAAAGGAAAGAAAUUGGAGAAGAGGAGAUUUUUGAAGAAGAAACAAUUGAAAAUUUGAGUGCUAGUCCAAUUACCAGUGAAUCUGUUGAAGAUCCAGAUGACCAAUUUCUUUCAGAAGAAUUGGUAGGGGUUGAUUCCAAGGAGGGAGCUAAAGAAGAGGAAAGCAUGGAAUCGAUAGAGACUGAUUUCAAAGAGGAAGAACCUGAACUCCAGUCUAUUAGUGAGGGUUUCCUAAAAUGGAAGCAAGAUUUUGAUUUUGCCUCUAAAGAUUUUCAGCUUCUGCUCCUUUUUCUGAGUUUGUUGGCUGCAGUAAUUGGUUUAGUAAUUGUUCUCUUCAAGUACUUUACGAAAUCUCAUCAGAAAUCAACCAGGACCUCUUCACCUUCACCUGUGUCUCAACAUAACGACAAGACAGUAGAUGAACAUGAGGAAUCAUUACUUGUCUCACCUCUUCCAUCAUUUUCAAUGAUCGAAGAAUUGAAAGAUGAGAAAAGAGAUUCAAAUGUUGAAUUUGUUUCACCGAAAUACUCAGCUGAUGAGCUUACGGGGUUCUACGAAACUAGACCACCAACAGUGGAAUUGCUCGGAGAGUUCUCAAUUGUUGAUGCUCUUGCUUCUAAAGCUGCUUCAGGUCAAAAUUUGAAGAGCAUGAGAUUUGAGGAGUAUGAAAUUUCGAAAUCUAAAAGGAGAAGUGUAUCUAACAAUGCUCAGGUUUCUGAGAUGAGAAUCAAGUCAUCAACUUCAUCAAUUAAGGUUCAGCCUUACACUCAACACCCAACGAUAGAGAAGAAAGAGGAUAUCAUCGACAAAAGUGAGGCGAAGAAAGUGAUAGUUACUCCGAAGAAGGUGAUUGCUACUCCUCUGAGGCGUUCAAGCCGUUUACAAAACCGAGUGACUUCUCCUACUCCUUAAUCAUGAUAACUUUUCAGAGGAUGCUCAAGCUGACAAAAAUCAAGUGAUUUCUUCUACACAAUUGUGGGGUGACUACUUCCUUGAUCAAAAGAUGCAGUUGCUUCAUGAAUUGUUCAGAAACAGCUUCCUGUUGUUUCGUCUUAUCAAUCCUCUCUUCUCUCUUUCUUUUGUAUCGUGUAUGGCAGUAUCCCAAGCUGAACAUUGUACUUUCACUUGUUGAGAUGAUGCCUGAAGUGUAAUUGGUUUUUACUCUUCUUGUUCCCUAUUCUGGGUCAAAUUUGUUUCAAUCUUAUGAAACCAACAAAUCUCGUGACAA